CAUCAAUAGAUUUUUUUUAUAGACGUUCUACACUUGUAACGUUCCGGAUAUAGUGGUUCAAAAUGACUUGCAAAAGGCGUAAUGGAGGAAGGUCCAAACAUGGACGUGGUCAUGUUAAGCCUGUCCGUUGCACCAACUGUGCAAGAUGCGUCCCCAAAGAGAAGGCAAUCAAAAAAUUCGUGAUUAGGAAUAUCGUAGAAGCUGCCGCUGUCAGGGAUAUCACCGAGGCUUCAGUAUAUAACCAAUACACAUUGCCCAAACUUUAUGCCAAGUUGCACUACUGUGUGUCUUGCGCCAUCCACAGCAAAGUAGUAAGGAAUAGGUCUAAGAAAGAUAGGAGGAUCAGAACACCCCCACAGAGAAACUUCCCUGGUAGAGACCAGAGAACCCAACCUCAGAGGAAAUGAGCAUUUUUCUGUAUUGAAUUUUUCUGUAUUGAAAGAAGACCAAAGGAGACGUCAAAAGGAAAAGCAAAUGUGAUCCUUACGCUUAUCUGCCAUUGCAAAGAUCUGCACUUAAUAAAAGAAAUAAAAAUAAUAAGAAUAAGAAGACAAACUACUUUUUGUAAAUAUAUAAAUAGAUAGUCUUUUGACUGAAUCCACACUGGAGAAUUAACAAUAUUGAAUGAUGGAAUCCGGAAAAUACUUCUUGGGUUAUAAGGAGUAUUUGAAGACACUGAUACAGGGAAAAGCUAAACUUAUAAUCAUUAUUAUACACCUUCCAUAAGGAAAGGUGAAAUUGAAUACUAUGCCAGUAGCGGAGAGUGUACAUCAUUACACUGGUAAAGAUGAGAGAAGAAAAAUCAAAGGGCUUUGAUGAUGAAGAUGAGGUCAGAUGUGCAAAAAGACUACGUUUGUCUGAAGAUUCUUAGAGAUUAUACAUUGUUUCCGGAUUCGCCGGAUCCUGACCAUAAUACAUUUCAAUACGUGAUUUUAGAGGCUCCUGAAUUCUAUUG